CAGAGUUGCUGAGCUAAGCAUGCUGAAAUUUUCGUGAAUUAGGCCUCACUGUUGCACAUGGAUCACUGUGCUGUCUUCCUCAGCUACCCAGAGAAAACCCUACGUGCCCCAUAAGAGCACUGCCACAUUGCAAGCCAACCCGAUGGCGUCCUCUACUGCUGUGCCUGUAGGAUUUCACUAUGAAACAAAAUACGUAGUUCUCAGCUACCUGGGACUUUUAUCACAAGAGAAGCCCCAGGAGCAUCAUCCUCCUUCAGCUCAAGGGACUCAACAACCGCUUAUGGCACAACAGGCUUUGGAGAAAGAGGCUUUGGAGAAGAUUAAGAUAGAAAUCGAGGAGGAGCUAAAACAUCUUGAUGAAGAAAUCUUGGAAGCAUUUACCACUACAGGAUUUGACUGCCACACUUCCCCAGUGUUCAGUCCUGCCAAUCCAGAGAGCUCAAUAGAAGACUGCCUGGCUCAUCUGGGGGAGAAAGUAUCCCAGGAAUUGAAAGAACAUCUGCACAAAGCACUGCAGAGCUUGCUUAGCAAGCCGGUGACAUACCAAGAAUAUCGAGAGCGCACACAAGAGACAGCUGCUCACGCCAGUGGAUGGAACAAGGUCUUGGUACCCCUGGUUCUGCUACAACAAUUUCUGAUGGAGUUAACCAGACAGGGCCAGGAACCACUGAGUGCACUUGUGAACUUCGGGGUGACAUAUCUAGAAGACUAUUCUGCAGACUAUAUCAUUCAACAAGGAGGAUGGGGGACGGUCUUUACUUUGGAAUCCGAAGAGGAAGAGUACCCCGGGCUCAUCGCAGAGGACAGUAAUGACAUCUACAUCCUGACCAGUGACAACUCGGGACAGGUGAGCCCCCCGGAGUCCCCCACGGUGACCACGUCGUGGCAGUCGGAGAGCCUGCCCGUCUCCCUGUCAGCGAGUCAGAGCUGGCACACAGAGAGCCUGCCAGUCUCCCUGGGACCCGAGUCCUGGCAGCAAGUGGCCAUGGAUCCUGAAGAAGUCAAAAGCCUGGACAGCAACGGAGGGGGUGAAGAAAGGAGUGAGAACAACUCUUCCAACUCGGAUAUUGUUCACGUGGAGAAGGAAGAGAUACCGGAGGGGAUUGAGGAAGCAGUGGUGUCAGCCGUCGCUGCAGAGACCACGCAGGCAGCAUUUCCAGAAACCCCUGCUUCUCUACAGGAAGUAAAACCUCAAGCUGAAAUUGCUGCUGUUGAAAAAACACACCCCUCCGCACUUCUGCGUACAAAACAGGAGGAAAAGGGAAAAGAGGCUGAAGAGCUUGUUGAACCUGAAAUCCCCGUAUUAAGUAAACCUGUCCCAAAGUUAGUCCCAUCAGAAGAAAAGGCUGCACCAGAACCUGAGAAAAUACUGCUUCCAGGGGAAAAAAAAGUGGGGAAAGAGGGCCGUUUGGAAGAAAUAGAAGAGAAAUCCUCCGCUGCAGAGGAGAAGCCUAUCUUAUUGCCAGAAGGGAAAUCUAUAUUGCUGUACGGUGGGGCUGCUGCAGUAGCUAUAUUAGCUGUAGCAGUCGGAGUAGCACUGGCGCUUAGAAAAAAGUAACGGAGCUCUCUUGAGGAGGAGGAGGAGGAGGAGGGGGGAGAGAGAAGAGAGCACGAUCCAAUUUUUGUAGUUGUGUUACCUAAAGGUUGAGCUGCCUGCUGUUUAAUUGGACACUUGAGUAACUUAAUGGUGAUGGGGUGAGGUAAUUCAAUAAGCCUCCAGCUAUGGACAAUCAUGUUUUUAGUAGAAUUGGGGCGGGGACUGGUUUUUCGUGAUUAAAGUACAGGGGUAUUUUUAAAAAAAAAAUAAAAAAAAAUUCUGCAAAUUUAAGAACUUAAGUGCAGGUGCUGAAGAAGGGGGUGCUCAUACUCUAGGAACUGGAACAGAGAAUCCCCAGGGGAAGGGAAGAGCCAGCUGCUGCCAACCCCUGGAGUUUUUGGCUUCUCAGACUGACCGCUAUUGCAGCUGCGCUGUCUUGUCACUUCCCGUCGCACCCCUGAGCCCUCCCUAACAAACAUUAGCCAACCUGAGUCCUGUAGCGAGAGGCUGGUCUCCCUUUUGUCUCGGCUUCCUCUCAGGUACAGCACUGCUCCUUGUAACCUCGCAGGUUCCUCCUAAGCCCCAGUGGGAGAGUGCUCAUUCUUACCUCUUUGCUCACACCGGUUUUGGCCCCUAACACUUACUGGAGCCCCAUCCUGUAAAGAUGCUGCCUCUCUAUAGCUGUAUUAUCUCUGAGCAUCCUGGUGUUCCUGGGGGAGAGGUGCCCAGGAGGGUGGGAGGGACACUGCUGUGCGCUGGUUUAAGAAUCCAUUUGCUCCACUCCUGCCCAGCCCCCACUUCACUGCCACCCUUGAGUUACCAGAGGUGCAAAAUUCAUGCUGGACACGGUGCCGUUCUGAUCAGUACUCUGAUCCCAGGGUAUAUUCAGCAAAGAUACAGCAAAACUGCGUGCAAGUGAGGCCGAUGCCUCCUGUGCCAUUGAAGGGUUAAACGCUACGUUGUCCUGUAUCACGCUGCAGUCUGUAUCGUCUUUCGCAGGUUAAGCAGAGAGCGUAUUUAGUCCUAACUCGGUCUCGGCUGUGACAGAAUCCCAGAUACAUAAGGCAAUGGAGUCUAGUAACUGAGCAAAACAGCAUUAAACGUCUCCUCUAUCUGCCUGUUCCUGACCUGACCCGGAGUGUUGAUCAGUGCGAUUUCUUUUGUGACUCUGAAUCUGUAAUUAGCUAAACUUACAGGUUCACAAAUGAUGAGAGAGUUACUUUGGCAAAAAGUAAAUCCCUCUUCCUGCAGUCACGCCACUUCAGAUGUGUGUGAAGAGAAACCUUUUUAAGUAUUGCCAUGCGUGUUAGUGUCCUGGUUUCGACUGGGAUAGAGUUAAUUUUCUUCCUAGUAGCUGGUAUAGUCGGAUCCAACCACAAGUGUUCCUCUUCCAGUGCGCGUUUCUGUGUCUGUCCUUGUCCUAUGUCUGUCCUUGUCUGUACGGCAGCUCUGUGGGCAAGACCUUAGGCUUUCCAGGCAAAACUACUGAUGCAUCUCUCAGGGUUCAUGCUGGCACUGUGGCUUAGACCAGAGGGAGGUAGGUGAAAGGGAACUCGGGAUAAUGUAAAAAUCAAAGUACGAGCUUAUGGGAAGCUUACUCUUCAUGAAGCACAAAGACAAGGUACUUUAUUUCUAAAUAACCUUAUCUAGAGUACGUCUCGUAAUGAGCCUGUUCUUAAGUGAUCUGAGAAUGAAGAGAUUUUAGCACAUUCUCUAUUUUACAAUAUUCUUGCUAUAUUUUCCUAUCCCACCCAUAUCCCAGGAUGCUGGGAAGUCAGUAAGAACCUGGCAGAUUCUGAGGAAAUUUUUUUGUUUAAGCUUUUUUGAGAGUGGAUUUUUUAGAAAACUUCUUGGAUUUUUGAACUGCGUGAGUGUGAAGUUGAAUACUGAGAGGAAAGAUUGUCACGUAUGUACUGCUGCUGUGGACUGAACUCGGGAGCUCUGGAGCUCUGGACUUUACUGUUGAUCAUUGAUUGCUCUUUUUCCCUGUACAGAAGGUAGCAGGUUGGCCUUAACACAAAAAGAAACCCUUUACCAUGUUGCAAAAUGGAAUUGACUUUUUUUGCCAUUUCCUGGUGCCCUGCUGGUACCAUCAUUGCUGUGCUGUGUGCCCAGAACUGGUCGCUGGGACCUCCUCACGCCACGGACUCUCCGGUGUCUGCCUUCCCACCACCACGGUUCCUUCUCCUGGCGCCUCAUGGGAGCUUCCCUUGUGUGGAGAGGUGUCUUUAUGCUCCUUUUGUCACUGAUGUGCACGAAUGUUUGCAGUUUCGCUUCAUUUCACGUGUGGCAACAGUGUUUUAUUGACAAGUGACACAGUCUGUGAGGGUACCUGGUUGUUCCUAUGUGGCAAGGGCUGCUUUACUGCCCGGUAAGUGGGGGCAGGUCUGCCCCUCCCUGCUGCUUUGCUGACGGCUUUGGUUUCUUCUCCGGGUAUGUUCUCUGUGGGAGAAGGGCCGUUCUUAACCCAACCUACGUCCUCUCCUUCUGAAAGAUGAUGCACCUACAUUUGGGACAUCCCCCAUCUGCAGCCACGCGGUGGGUUACACAGAAGUACCCACAUGCACUCUGAAGCAGAGAUGGAUUUUUUUUGGACAUUCUGGAUAACUUGUGCGCAAACUGGGGGGCGGGGGGGCAAGGUCAGGUCAGGUGUUCUUUUAGCUCUUCUCUGUACAUGGUUGUUUCAGUAGUCGUGUGGGAGAUGGGUACAGGACAGACAAUAAAUCCACGCCGGCUAGGGAAGAAGUCCCUAGCUGCUUGGCAUAAGGAGCCCAGUGGGGCAUUAAAUAAAAAGUGUCGUCUGCCACACACAGCAGUGAGAAAAAGGUGGCAGCAGUAGUAAGGAAAACAGAUGACUUUGUUUUGUUAAGCAUUUUCAUGGUGGGGCGAAAGCCUCGAGUAUCUGGUGUGUUGCUACAUUUAACGGAGCAUCAGCUGCACCAUGUGUUUUGGUUGCUUGGUCCCUUCUUUAUAUUAUUCUCCUUUCAGGGUCUUAGAGAGUUGACAAGUCAGCAAGAAUUUGUACCAUCUUCUCCCCCACGCCACUGACCGUGCAUCAUUUAGAAAAUUUAUCGUAUGCGUCUCUUUCCUGUGGGAACACUCAUGUGGAGUCCUGUGGUCAGAGCUGGGACAGGCCCUGUGGAAGUCACCAAAGGGCGGGUAAGCUCAGAUGGCAGCGUUCGUACAGACUGGAGUGCCAGGCUGCUUGCUCUGUUACAGGUGUGAAUUAGAAAAUGGAAGGUGGUGGGGUUUUUUUCCCUAUCUUCAAGUACAUAAAAGUAAUCCUAAACCGCAGGGUCUAAUCACCCUGAACCAUGUGAUGUGACCUCUUUUUAGUGGAUCUCUUGCAGCUGGCUGAGGAAAGGCAGUAGCUAUAUACUUACGAAAGGGCAUAUAGAAUUACUCUCACUUGUGUUGCUUAUCCCCUUCCCAAAAGUGCCUCAGUAUCUGUCCUCGAGUGGCCUGUACCUUAAUAAAAUAUCUACCUUAGACCCAAUCUUUCUUCACUUUAUCCUUGUCUGCAGCACACCCUAAAGCUGAGAUGCUAAAACAGCAGAGGACUGGAUCUGCAAAAAAGUGUUAAAGACUUAAGGAACUGCAGUGGGUAGCAUGUUAAAUUAAGGAACUGGCAAGGAAAAGGCUUUCAGGAUAAGGUGCAACUUACAUCUCAGUUGUGCUUAACUCUGGGCUGUGUUCACUUGGGCGUUGCGGCUGGGAGCUGAGCAAGGUCCUUCUUCAGCAAGCGUUCCUGGA